ACAAUGACGUGACUGCACUGAUGAAGGCCGAUGAGAUCCCCUUUGAAAAAUACAAAGAAAUGAACUCAACCAUGGAAUACGUUUUCAACCUGGUUAUUCAAUUUAACACCGAAAUACAUAAGUCAAGAGAAUGCAGGAACUCUGUUAAUGCUGACGAUAUUGUCGAGUCGGUGUACAGCCGUUUGUCAUCUGAACUGACAAAGAAAGACAAGGAAAUAAAUUCGAUGUUAUCAAACCAGAGGAAAGAAAUUGAAGAGAAUAUCCAACGAACAUCAGACGAAUGGUACCAGAAGUACAAGGAGUUAACAACACAUCUGGAUAAUUUAGAAGUUGAGGCUCAAAAUAAUUACAAAGAGUAGUCCUAGGAUAAAAGAAAUCUUUAUGAAGAGCAAAAUAAAAUAAUGGCACAAAUUAAAAGAGAAAAUGAACAAAUGAAGUGCGAAUGUUCUCAUUUGACACAGGACUUGAAAAGCCUACAAGAUAAAUUAAACCAACAAACUAUAUAUUUGUCUGAAAAUAAUAAAAAAAUGAAGGAAGAGUUUGAUAACAAGGUCGAAGUUUUAAAGACACACAGUGAAAAUAACAUCAAGCAAUCUAUAACAGAACCAAUAAAAAAAUCAAACGAAAAUUCUGCCUCAAUACGUUUACUAGAAGCCCAAAGCAGCAAAUGUAACAGUGUGUUAACUAAGUUACAAGAAACUGUUGACUCAGAGAAAGAAAAUCUGCACGCCGUAAGAAAACAAGUGGAAACUCUGCUUACCAAAGUAAACCACGUCUCGACAAAAUUAGACGAGGUGGAGUUUGAACGCCAAGCAGACAAAGACAAAAGUCUUCAGCAGAGAAGUACUUUAAUAUCGACAAUAAACAAAGCCAACAAGCAACUGGCAACUCAAAUUUCUGAUGUUUCGAAAACGUUAGGAAAAUUUGAAGAACAUUGCAACGCACAAAUCUCGACUUUGUCUAAAACUGAUACAAAGUUGAAUGAAGAUGUGAAGAAACUAACAGAAAGUUUGGCGUCUGAUCUUCUGAUAUUGGAGGUUCGAACUGACCACAAAAUAAAAGAUUUAAUGAAAGAGCCGACCCAACAAAUAAAUGCACUUUCCGUUGAAUUUGGAGAAUUGGUGGAUAAUGCUGACGAAUCAGAUGUUCAAGAUGUCAUAGAUGAAGUUAAGAUCAUGUUGUUGGAUAAUGAAGACAACGAAACAAUAAUUGAGUACAUAAAUGAAAAUUUAGAAGAUUUUGAAAGAAGCGACGAGUUUACAACGGGGCUUAUAUCUUUAAUAGCUGGCACUUCAGUAGCAGGCGAUAUAAGAUUAAUCAGAGAGGAGAUCAAAGCCCGUAAAGACAUUUUACAACAAUAUAUAAACACACCCCUGAGGGAACUUCAGGCACUGUAUGCCAUUCAGGAUCUAAUACAUAGAUUGGAGCACCCUUCAGGUGUUACAUUUGCUCUGUUUUAUGUUCUAUACGACGAGGAUGUGAUUAGUAGAGACAUGUUUAAGUGCUGGAAAAAACCAUCACGGACCGCAGAAGCCGAGGGGAAAGACGACUGCUUUGCGGCACUGACAAGGUUCUUCUCUUGGCUCGGAUAA